AUGGAUGAUCGUUUUAAGUCUGGGAAUCUCCAGCUGGACGACCGUCUAAAACAAAGUUUUCCGUACAUGAGUAAUGUUGAGAGAGUUGGGGAUAUUGAGGGUAAAACUUAUGGUACGAAGGGUUUUUCUGGCAGGAGCAUUAACAUUGAUGGCAAUCCUUUAGCUCCGAGACGUGGGGUUAUCAGGAACAAUGAUCAGGAGCCGAGACCGAUUAACGUUAUUGAUGAGCUUGAGAAAAUUACUGUUCCAAUCCAGCUUCAGAGUAGUAUUGAUCAGAUUCUUGAUGAUAAGCCGGAGAAUAGCACCAAACCAGGGUCGUAUGCUGAUAUGGUUAAGCAAAAGACAUCCCCGAAACGGGAAGUUAAUUUCAGGAAGCUAGAAGCGUUGGAGAAGGUGCAAGAUGCUGAUGUAGUUAUUCCUCGUGAGGUAAUUCGAAAAGUUCAGGAAAAACUUGAUAAUAUUUUGUUUGGUUAUUUCUUGGGGGAUAGGCUUCCUUUUCCGGUAGUUGAUUAUUAUGCAAAGAAUGCCUGGUCAAAGUUCGGGUUUGUUAAAGCGAUGAUGAAUUCUAGUGGCUUCUUUUUCUUUAAAUUCGAUUCAAAGGAGGGGAUGGCUAAGGUUCUUGAAGGGGGGCCAUGGCUGAUUAGGAAGGUGCCAUUGUUUCUAAAUGUCUGGUCUCCAUCUAUAAGCCUUAAAAAAGAGGGUAUUAAAUCGGUUCCGGUGUGGGUUAAGUUACAUAAUGUACCGAUAGCUGUUUACACGGAUGAUGGGCUCAGCUUACUAGCGUCCAAGAUAGGAGUUCCAAAAAGAUUAGAUAGUUAUACUACGGACAUGUGUGCUGAGAACUGGGGGAGGAGCAGUUUUGCCAGGGCUUUAAUUAAAAUCAAUGCGGAGAAUGAGAUAAAGGAUCAUAUCACUAUUGCAAUUCCGAAACUUGAUGAGGAGGGUUAUUUAAUGGAGAGAGUGGAUGUGGAGUAUGAAUGGAAACCAUUACGGUGCUCUUUGUGUUGUGUGUUCGGACAUAAUGACCAAAACUGUAGUAAGAAUGCUCAGAGCAAGAAGAAACAGGUGGUUGUUGAUGAUGAGGGUUUUAUUUCAGACAAGAGGAAGACGAUUAGAUUGAAACCAGUGCAGAAAAAUCAAAAGCCGAAAAUUAUCUACAAGCCUAAGAUAAAUAAAACAGGGCCGAGCACUUCAGGUACAAAAGAUGAUAAGCUGAAUAAUGAUAAAGCUGGUAACGUUAAUAUAAAGAAUUCUUUUGAGGUGCUUUCAAAGAAUGAUGGAGAUGCAGAUGUGUUAGAUCCUGAUGACGGGUUGGAAACAAGACCGGUAAUGAAUAAUGCAAGCGGGUGCCAAGUGCACAUUGAUGAUGAGGUUGUGGAUUCGGUUCCUACUGAAAUGUCCAAGGGUUUGAACCAACCCCUGAAACAAAAUGAGGUUCGGAUUCUUUUGUCUGAAAAUAAGUUAGCUGUUUGUGCCAUUCUGGAAUCUCAUGUCGAUAUCAGGAAGCUUGAUAAAGUUUGUAAAGGGGUCUUCAGGAAUUGGAGUUGGACGUCCAAUGGUAACUUGUGUGAUCGUGGUACUAGAAUAAUUUUGGGAUGGAAUUCGGAUGAUGUUGAUGUCAUGGUUUUGUCUCAAACGGACCAGGUUAUUCAUGUUCAACUUCACUACAAGGCUUGUAUGAAAGUUAUUUUUUGUUCGUUUGUGUAUGCGAAGAAUAAUUAUCAGGAUAGACGAGGGCUUUGGAAUAACCUUUGUAAGCAUAAGGGCUUAUCUCAUGAUAAACCAUGGGUAGUUAUGGGAGAUUUUAACUCAGCUCUGCAUCAUGAAGAUUCUAUAUGCGGUUCAUCCACUCAAACUAUUAGUAUGCGAGAAUUUUAUGAUUGUGUUCAGGUAACGGAGCUGAUUGAUAUUAUGGGCCAUGGGUUGCAUUUUACGUGGAACCAGAAGCCUAAGGAGGGAAUUAGGUUGAUGAAAAAGAUUGAUCGGGUGAUGGGUAAUAUGAAGUUCUUAGAGACAUGUCCGGACGCUUUUGUGCUUUAUCAUCCUUUCCGUGUUUCGGAUCAUACUCCGUGUAUUUUAAGGAUGGGAAAUCCGACCAAGGCUAAGCCGAAAUCUUUUAAAUUUGCAAACUUUAUCACUUCUAAACCAGAAUUCAGGUCUUCGGUUGAGCAGGAGUGGAGGAAAACGAUUAAUGGGGUGGCUAUGUACUCGGUUACUAAGAAACUUAAGAAUUUGAAGCCGUUUUUGCGGAGAAUUCUGUUUCGACAAGGUAAUCUGCAUGAUAAAGUAUCUGAGUUGAGAAGUAAAUUGGAUGAAUACUUAAAAGAAUUCAAGUCAGCGGCGUAUGAUGAGGAAUGUUUUCUAAAGCAAAAGGCUAAAGUGGAAUGUGUGAAAUGUAGAAAUGCUAGAUCAAAAAUACAAUCUAUUAAGGAUGUUGCUGGCAACCGGUUUGAGGGUGAAGAUGUGCCGAUUGCUCUAGUCAACCAUUAUGCAAACUUUCUGGGCAAGGAGGACCAAGUUAUUCAUUUUAAUCAGGAGGAUCUUUUUGUUAAUGUUCUUAGUCCUGCUGUUGCUGAUAAUAUGGUUCGACAGGUUACUCGUGAAGAAAUCAAGAAAGCUAUGUUUAGUAUUGGCGAGAAUAAAGCUCCGGGUCCUGAUGGUUAUACGUCGGCUUUUUUUAAACAUACAUGGGAUAUUGUGGGUGAUGAAAUUACUAUGGCCAUCUUAGAAUUUUUUGAUAAUGGUAAGAUUUUGAAGCAACUUAAUCAUACUAUUCUGGCUCUUAUUCCAAAAGUGGAGACUCCGGAUUCGGUUCUGGAUUAUCGUCCUAUCUCUUGCUGUAAUGUCUUAUACAAGUGUAUCAGCAAGAUAAUUACAGAUAGAUUGAAAGGGAGUCUGGGUGAUUUGGUUAGUAUCAAUCAGUCUGCCUUUGUUCCGGGUAGGAAAAUAUCUGAUAACAUCCUGCUUACUCAAGAAUUGAUACACAAUUAUCACUUGAAUCGGGGUCCGGCUAGAUGUGCGUUCAAAAUAGAUAUCCAAAAGGCUUAUGAUACCGUUAGUUGGGCGUUUCUGGAGGAUGUUUUGCAUGGCUUUGGGUUUCACCAAAAGAUGGUCGCGUGGAUUAUGGCUUGUAAGAUUAUUAACGUUUCCUUCGCUGAUGAUUUAUUCAUUUUUGUGCAUGGGGAUGUUGUUUCGGUGAAAAAGGUUCGAGAUGCGAUUGAGAAAUUUACUAACCUUUCUGGUCAGCAAAAAGCACGGCUUACUUCUGAAGGGUCGUUGCCGGUCAGGUAUCUGGGGGUCCCGUUAAUUUCAUCCAAGUUAGCCUUUAAAGAUUGCAAACCUCUUCUAGAUCGGAUGGAGAAGAGAAUUAAUAGCUGGUUGAAUAAGUCGCUAUCUUUUGCUGGUAGACUACAACUUAUUAACUCUGUCUUGUCAGCCAUGCAUAUCUAUUGGGCAUCCGUUUUUAUUAUUCCUUCUCGGGUCAUCAGUGAUCUUGAGAAGCUUAUGCGACGGUUUUUAUGGAAUGGUAACAAUCUGGGUAGAGUUAAGGCGAAAGUCUCUUGGGCUGAUGUUUGCUUGCCGAAGAGUGAGGGUGGUUUAGGCAUAAAGUGUAUUUCGGAUGUGAAUAAGGCCCUUAUGACUAAUCAUAUCUGGAGCAUUCUGGUUAAUAGGAAGUCUCUUUGGGUUCAAUGGAUACAUACACACAAAUUGAAGGGUAGGAGUUUUUGGGAUAUCAACACAAAGAGAAUAACUAAUGCGGGCUUCAACAUCUCAUCUUCUAUUUUGGAUCUAAUUGAUGAAAACGGAAACUGGAGGUGGCCGCAGGCUUGGUAUGAUUUAUACCCGGUUUUGAUUGGGUUAAAUGUUCCUCAAUUGAUGCAAAAUAUGGUGGACCGAACGGUUUGGAAAGAUUUGGAUGGGAACUCAUGCUCGUUUCGUUCAUCAGAAGUGUGGCAUGCUAUUCGGUGUAGGCAGAACCCAGUCUCCUGGGUUGAUGGGGUAUGGUUCUCUCAAUGCAUCCCACGACAUUCAUUUCACUUAUGGUUAGUCAUAAAGAAUAAACUUAAAACCCAAGACCGGCUUGUUGCUUGGGAGGCGGGAAGUGUAACGAAUUUAAACCUCAUGUGUUGUCCGCUGUGUAGAACCAAUCGGGACUCUAGAGAUCAUUUGUUUUUUCAGUGCUCGUUUGCUUCAAAAGUGUGGAACGAAGUUAAGAAUAUGGUUCAAAUGGGUAAUGUUGAUAGCACUUGGCAAUCGAUUAUGACAUGGAUGGAACAAAAUGCAAGCUCGAAGAAGACGGGGCAUAUUAUAUGCAAGCUGGUUAUUGCGUCUUCGACUUACUUCAUAUGGCAAGAGCGAAAUAAUUGCCUAUUUUCCAAUGUUUUUGCUGAUCAGAAUGUGGUGAUUCAGAGGAUUAAGGAAGUUGUCCGUUUACGGUUAAUGGGGUUCAAGUUUCGAAGACAAUCGAGUAUUGAGACUCUACUAAGGACAUGGAAGAUCGGUUCGAAUGAUGAGGCAAACGAUCCAGGCUAG